UUGUCUCCGUGGUUCUUGUUGUUCACGCGCGCUUUUCUCAUGAUUCUGGUGGUUUUGUUGAAAGAGUCUGCAGCGCCCGGUCAGCGUGGUCAGCAGCAUGGCGCUCUGCGGGGUGCGCGGGGCGGCGAUCCUCGCCCUGACAGCCGUCCUGCUCGUGUCCUCGUCAGCGCUGCCGGCGGCUGACACGGCCGACAUGCAGUCGUCGGGCGAACAGGCCGUGUCCGCGUCCGACGUGUCCUCGUCAGACGCAUCCGCCUCGACCUCGGACAUGGCGUCGUCAUCGGGGGCCUCAUCAGUGACCGCCCCGUCGACGGCCCCGCCCACCACUGCCGCCACCACGCCCGAAGCCACGAUGCCGGCUACUUCCCCGACAACAGUCACCCCAACGACGACGAUGAGGACGACGACGACGACUAGGAGACCAACGACGAGAACAACAAGGACCACUCCAAGAAGGACCACACCCACAACCCCAGCGACGACCAGGACGACAAGAACUACCAGGACUACUCCCACGACCACAAUGACCACCAGAACGACCAGGACGACAAGAACCACAGCAACCACCCGAACCACAAGAACGACACCCCGUACCAUGACUACAAGAACCGCAGCACCCACGAGGACAACAAGGAAUGGCAGGACUACGCGGACCACCCCGACGACCACAACGCCCUCCACCACGACUGUGGGCGGUAGGGACAUGAACAAUGCGUCGACUACGCCCGACAUGAGCUCUGGAGGAACAACCGAAAAUCCGACAGCACUACCCCAGAGUAGAACCACGACUUCUGACAUGGACGACAUGAACAACACGAUGUCGUCCAUGGACGCAAUGGACAUGUCGACCACUCCAAUAGACUACCCCGACGAAACGACUACUGCCGGACCCAACAUAAUCCCGAUCCCCGCGCCCAUACCUCUGCCGAUCCCCAUCCCCAUCCCGAUCCCAUUCCCGAUCGGGCACCCCCACGGGGGUGACCAUGGGGGAGGGCAUGCGCUCGGGGACGCCGUGGCCUCGGAUGACGGCGAGGUCUGGGACGACGAGGAGCUUGUGCAGGCCUUGGCCGAGGCGUUGCACAUACUCGCCCCCAAGCCCAUCUUCGCGCUGCUGCUGGGAGAGGUCGGCCGGGAGCUGGACAACGAGGACGGCAGCAGCAGCAGCGAGGAGGACUACGACGACGACUACUGGGUAGACUGGGAUCGGCGACGGCGGCGGAAGAGGGACACGGGGGACGAGAGGGAGGAGGAUGAGGAGGAGGAGGACGAGGACGACCACAAGAAUGCCGACGACGAGAAGGCCUGGCACACUCUGGCGGCCAGGAGGGGCAAGGCGAUUGCAAACGCGCUCAAUAUCCUGCAGCGGCAGCGUGGUGACAAACCCACCGACCUGCAGUUCAAGGCGACGCUGAAGAAAGCGUUUCACCGCGCCAGGGCCAGGGUGAUGGGAGCCACUGCCGAGUCGCGCACCGCACCGGAUCCACGACCGGACUUGGCGCUCCUGGCCAGCAGGGCUCUAGGGGUGAGCAGGUCGCAGGUCGCCAAGGCUUUCAGCGAGAUGGCAACCCGCUGGGUUGGCGAGGCCCUGUACGAUCUGCUGUUCGAGGACGGCGACGACGACGGCCUGGACGACAACCCGUGGAGCCUUAACUGGGACGCCGACGUCAAGGUCAACGGGAGCUUUAACUUGGCCAGCAACGCAUCCUCGGCGUCGUCCGCAGCGCCAUCACCAGCGCCACGAGCGUCGAGGAAGACCUCGCCGUCGGGGUCCUCCAGGACGAAGGACGACCGCGACCUGGACCUGAGCCCGACUUCCGUCGCCUACUUCUUCCUCGAGCUCGUGGGCACAUUGGUGGGCCUCGGCUGGGGGGCGUUGAUUGUCGCCCAGCAAGCGGGCUGAAUAGUGGGUCAACGUGAUAGUGCUCCAUACUCCGGGACCUACGGGAGAGAGAAAAAGAGAGCGAGCUAGCUCCAUACCUCUUCCGCGCAGCCGGGCUGCGGGGAGAGUGAUCAGUGCCAAUCCUAAUUUUAAGCUGACUUAUUGUGUAUGAUAGACCCUACGAUAAAUACCUAUUUAUUUAUAGACUUUCGAGUAACUCUGCGACUGGCCUGUGUGCCUUCGGUUCACUGAUUUCUAUUCAUCAGCUCAAAAUGUUUGCAGCAAAGACGAAUAAACCACUGAGUGCCUGUGUUCGGUAUUUCUUUCAGUCUCGACGGUUUUGAUGAGCACGGUGCGUAUGCAGUGCGUCAUGCGUCUGGGCAGUCUGGGCGCCACCACCGCACCCGUGCCGCCCCCGGCCCAGGGCCCGGGCAUCGAUUUGACCCGCAUGUUGUCCGUAUGUCGGGGGCUCAUGGAGUUACGUGAGUCUACGAGACUACCCACUGAACCGCAUGCGCAGGUUGCAUAACUGCGAUAUCCUGGGGAACAAACGGAAAUGUGUCGUGUGUGUUUUGGGUAGUGACACACGCCAAACUCUACAACUUGAAACGAAUGAAUUAUUUUAUAUUUUAUUAGUUACGAGAUCUAUGAUACAUUUACACAUAAUCAGUCGUUGAAAGUAAACCAAGAAACUUUCUUUUGUCCUACCAAUAAAUUAUUAAAUACGAAAAUAUUUGACACAUA